GGAAGAUCCAUGGACACCGGCGCCUGUUCAGCGACUUUGCUUCAAGAGGCCUCCGACGAGUACGCGAGUGGCAUGCUUGUGGACUCCCAGAGCUCCGAUGUAGCCAAUAACAAUUACAUCAAGGCUGCCAAGAUCGCUCCCGAUGGGUCAUCGGUUCUCUCUGCCUCGGAAGACACACUUCUGCGGCUGUAUGCGCUGGACCAAGGCAAGCCGUCCAUUACUGAUAUGUUGCCGCAGAGAGCAGGGAAAGUCAUGACCACCUUUGUCUGUCAUGCAGAGGCGCUCAAUGCCGAGAGGGAGCGGCGAGCAACAGCUGGUGGCUCAGACGCCAAAGCUGCUGCGCUGCGGCCGUGGACUUGUGCCUAUGAGGGCGAGUGCAUCUUUGACUUCGCGUGGUACGCAGAGGAACGAACGAGCACGGUGCGCACCGAAUGAUUGUGGUUGUGUCUGGUCUGCAGGUAUCCCCUGUUUGCGGCCGAUGAUCUCAGCUCAGCGUGCUUUGCGUCCACUUCACGAGGCCAUCCUGUAGGAUAGGAGGGAGGAUUGAAGAACCGACACACAACUCUGACUGACGACCAUGUGCUGUGCUGUGCAUGCCUUGCCUUUUGUCAAUCAAUGGCCUGCGUCAGAUUCAUCUGUUCAACGCCUUGGAUGGCUCUCUGCGGACAUCCUAUCUGCCCUACAAUGCAUUCAGCCACGAGCCAGAAACAGCCCUCUCCCUGGCAUUCCAUCCCCAAGGGCAGGUGCUCUUCGCCGGCUCACGGAGCUGCGUCAAGGUCUUCGACGUCAUGAGGCCCGGAACACAGAUUGAGGUGGGUCUCCGUGACACACCGAAGAUCGUUGGUCGGAGAGCUUCAAUGGGGUGUUUGGUGUAUGUGUAUCAAUCACUCGUCAGGAUCGGCUGCUGGCCACACGGCGGAAGGCUGAGGGACAGCGCGGCCUCGUCUCGUGCUUUGCUUUCCCCACUGCCCCCUCAUCGGCUGACGAGAAGCUCUACGCCGUCGGCACAUACAGUAAAACGGUGUGCAUCUACAGCGAGGAGCAUCAGGGAGCCCGGCAGCCCGUGUGCUGGCUUGAGGACGCCGACCAGCCGAUGGGGGGCGUCACGCAACUGGCCUGGGUCGGGGACCAUCAUGUCGUCAGCGGCCACCGGCAGGACCGAUGCAUGAGGCUUUGGGUAAGGAUCGAUCGGGACACAUGUGGCCGAUAGGGAAGCACGUAUGUGUGUGUGUGUUGUCUUGUGCUGGUUGGUUUGUUGGUGUUGUUGGUUUCUCAGGAUCUUCGCAAGCCGGAGGCCGUGCUGCGUCGGUUCCCUCGUGUGACCACCACGUGUCAGCGCUUCCGGUUCGACGUGUGUGUGCGCAAGGGGCAGACUGUGGUCGCUACGGGAGAUCUAAGCGGUCGUGUGUCCCUGUUCGAUCUCAACACCGGCGAAACCAUCAGCCGCUUCCAGGCCCAUGCGCGAGCCGUGAGUGUCAAGUGACGACGGAGCACUCCACAACGCAUCGCAUACAUUAUGUGUGUUGUGCAUUUCUUCUUGGCGUUGUGUCAGUGCACAAGUGUGGGAUUCCAUCCCUCUGCGAACUAUGUCGUCACGUCUUCCGGAGAACGGCUCUUCCCAUCGUUGACGCACCUCGCCUCGAGGGACGACCAAUCGGCCGCGGCCGCUGCAGAAGAUGAGAAUAUGGCGGAGUCAGAGAGCGGGGAAGACGGCAGCCCUCCAGCGAAGAGGCAGCGACGGUCGACAGAUGGGCCGCAGCCGGCAGAGGGCUCGAGUGCAGCAUCACAGCCGCUCAACUGCAUCCGGGUGUGGCAGAUCCACUGGGGGGGAAGCGAACCACAGGAAGGCACGACGGUCACUGCAGAGAAAGACACUGCAGACGGAGAGACGGGCGGCGCGGCGUGUUCGUGACGUUCGUGAACGCGACGCCGAUAUUGUAGUUGUGGUAGAUGGCGUUGGUUGGUUGGUUAUUGUGUUUAACGAGACUCGUAUCGUGGUCUUCCGCCUUCAUUCUUCAUGCGA